GUUUAAAAGCUACGGAUUUGAAUUCUGAGAAAAAAGGAACCUGUUUAGGUUGUAAAGAUAUCAUAAGCAAUAGAUAUUCCUGUCUUAUUGUACAUAAUCAGCAAAUUGGAGCUGACUUCCCUUGGACACACUUUUCAUUAGUAGUGGAAUAUGAUUAUUCUGAAAAUUCUUGCUGGAAAAAUCUGUGCAAAAACCUGAAUGUUACUUACAUGACUUUUAAAACCACCCUCCCUGAAACAAUACAAAUGGGGAAUUACUGUGGCUCCUUUCUGCUGGAGGUACAGAUUCCGUAUGUGUUUUUGACAACUGAAGGUCUUCUUAAGAUGCCAGAUCUUCUUCAGCUUUUGGAAUCCAAGUACAGCAUUACCUUUGUUGAAAGAAGCAGUGGUUACUCCUUAAGGCUCUCUGGAAAUACAGAUCGAUACGUUGUGCUGACAAUAGAUGAAUGUACUGCUAUAUUUUUGCAGAGUAUGGAAGAACUAAAUUAUGAGGAAUCCUGUGACAGUGUAAUAUUGAAGCUGAUGGCACUAUCACUCCAAUAUACAUGCUGUUGGAUUGUUUUCUAUUCCAGAGAAAGACUGAGUUUAGAGUACAGUCUCAGGGGACAUACUCUGCUUAACCUUGUCUUAAUUUAUGCCAGUCUAAUUGAACUUACACAGAAGUCAGAAGAGUUUGAAGUGAAGGUAGUCCUUAUGCCAGGGCUUGAAGAGACAGCACUGGUAAUUCGUCAGAUUGCGGACAAAAUUUUGAUAGCAUCUCAUGUCAGUCCUCAUGAGUGGUUGGACAAAUCCUGGCUUUCUGUCUUGCCAUCUGAGACAGAGAAAUGCCUGCUUACUUUCCCAUGUAUCAACCCUCUGGUUGCUCAGAUUAUGUUAAAGAAGGGAUCUUCGCUGAACAGGUGGUUUCUUGCAAGCUUUGAUCAACUUCAGGAACUUCUGCCAGAGGUUCCAAAAAAAGUUUUAAAGUGUUUUAGUGACAUCACAUCUUCAUACAGCCUAAAUGCUGCUGUUCCACUAGAAACAGCAGUGAAAGGUGCAUCACUCCCAGAAAACUGGAAUAACUUCAACACAUUCCGGCCAGAACAGAAACAAAAUCAUCAGUCUUCUGAGCUGCUUGGUAAGGGAUAAAACAGCACAGGAACAUCUCGUAUGAAUUCUGAAGCCAUAAUUCCUCCACUGAUUCAUCAUCAGGGGUUUUGUGAUUCCGAUCUUCCAAGCUAUAUGCAAAAGAAAUCAUGUUCCUCAGAAGUGAUUACAGGGAGGAAGCAGAAUUUAUUUGCUGUGCCAAAGGACUGUGAAGAUGUUGCUCCUCUACACGCUACAAAUUCUCUUCAUGUUCAAAGACAACCUUUCAGGAUGCACUAUAGCUCUGAUCAUUCUUCCAAAAACUCUGAAAAAGAGGAUUUCUUUGCCACUUUCAGUGACUAUGCACCUCAGGAGAACCUUACAAGUUUUCCAGAAGAAUUUAGAGACAUAACAUUUAAGAGCCCGGCAAUUCCGAUUGACCAGACACCAUGGAAUGACUGUUUAUCCACUGGCCCACGUGAUUCAUUUGCAUCUGAUGGUUUUCUCUCUGAUUUCUUUGUUGACCCAGAUGAGCUUCAAAGUCUAAAUUUUCACCAAAUAGGUAGAGACUCUAAAGGAAAGGGAAAACAAAAUCCACUGUUCUUACGGACAAAAGGAAAACAUAGAACAGAUUCAGGAUUUGCAGAAGUACCAGAGUUCAAAAGGGGGAGAUUGACAUAUGAAAGAGUCCCUGGAAGAAGGGAUGGACAAACACGUCUUAAAUUCUUUUGA